GAGACUUUUAAAUUGUUUUUAAAUUGUUUCCACUAGUUGAUUUUUUUCAGUGGGUUAAAGUUGGAAGGAUAUCGUUCAAUAGUUGUUGGUAUUUGGGCUGUGAAUGGUCAUCGUGAUCUGGCAACCCACGCAGCUGUGCACACAGAGAGUCCAGCGUGACGGUCACUGGCGUGAUAUAAGAAAUGUCUAGAGCUCAUAAUGUCAGUGCUGUGGCUCAGACUGGAAGUCAUAUUACCGCACCUAUACUCACUUCUAAUACAAUAACAGGAAAUGUUUACAUAACACAUAAUGCUUCUGGUAUCAGUACUUCUCACCAAGACUCUGUGAAAACACAACCAUCAGCAAACCCCGUGAUUUGCAAGUAUAAAAAGCUGAUUUGCAGUGAGUACCAGCAUGUUACAGAGUAUAACUCACUGCCCGGAGAAAAUGUGCUUCUGUGUCAGCGCUACACUGAACCUCUGAUCAUUCAAAGACAUAGAGAUCAAAAAGAAAGAGAAGAUGAGAUCUCCUCAAAAGGAGAAAGUUUCCAGAAGGUCCUCAGCUCCAUGAGCAGUCAUGAAUUUGUCCCGAAAUCUCUGUUUCACACAGAUGACCAUGGGAUCACUCCUAGAGCUGUCAUACUGCAGGGAAACUCUGGGAAUGGAAAAUCUUUUGUUGUGCAGAAGAUCAUGAUGGACUGGGCAUCUGGUAACCUCUACAAAGAUCAAUUUGAUGUUGUGUUUCACUUGAAGUGUAAAGAAAUUAACUGCAUUUCUGGUGAAAAGAGUUUGUUGGAGCUCUUGAGCUGGAGUUGUGGUUUAACUUCAGAUGAGAUCUCACAGAUGCUCCAGUGGUCACCAGAGAGAGUGCUCUUCAUUAUUGAUGGGUUUGAUGAACUCAGACUCCCACAGGACGAUAAUAACGUGACAUCACCCACAGAUCCAGACCAGAGAUGCACACCUGUGCUCACCCUUUGUGCCCUGCUGAGAGGACUUCUCCAGGUGAACUCCUUCCUCUUGGUCACCAGCAGAUCAACAGCUACAGACACUUUAACCAGUCUGCUCAAGAAUCCUCAGCGUUUCACUGAGAUUAUGGGCUUCUCUGAAAGGGGGGUGGAGGAGUAUUUCCAGAAGUUCUUUCAGGAUGAGAAACUCUUCAGGAACGCUUAUACGUUUGUGAAGGCAAAUGAAACUUUGUUGACUGCCUGCUCGAUUCCUGUUAUCUGCUGGAUCAUCUGCACAGUUUUCAGAGAAAGAUUCAAUGAUGGUGCAGAUAUAACAAGUGGUCUGGAAACAACCACAUCCAUAUAUGUUGACUUUGUGUUCACUUUACUGGAGUAUCACAGUCAGGGUUUGAAUCAAUCUGUGCCAAGCCUGCUAAUGAGUCUGGGACAACUGGCAGAGAGAGGGAUGCAGAAACAACAAGUUCUGUUUGAUGAGAAAAUUAUAAAUGAAACUGUGCAAGAUCCUGCAUGCUGUCCAUUUCUGUGCAAGUUCCUCUUUAAAAGAAGAAUUCAGCAGGAGACAAUGUUCAGCUUCAUGCAUCUCAGCUUUCAGGAGUUCUUCACUGCUCUGUACUAUGUCUGUCUGGAUAAAGACCAGGCCAUGAUGAAGCUUACCAAGCUAUGUUCCAUUAGUGAAACACCAGGUGGAUUUUUUUAUGAGCCACCACGUUUUUCCGAUGUGGUGAAGUUUGCUUUUGGUCUAUUUAAUAAGGACUUGCAAUGCACACUUAUAAAGCAUGGUCUGUUUGUUCAUCAAAACGCAGAGGCCCAUCUGAAACAAUGGUUUAUAAAUGAGAUUCAGAAUUUCAAUAUUUGUAAAGCGGCAUAUAUGUUUAACUAUCUUUAUGAACUGCAUGAAAAGAGCUUUGUGGAAGAAGCUAUGCAGACCUGGAAUGGCAUUCGUAUAUCUGGUACAAUCUUAAGAAGAACAGAUUGUUGGGCUUUGAAGUACUGCGCUCAGUGCUGCCACAGCAUCAGAUCAAUCUAUCUUGGUGAUUGCAAGUUAACACCUGACAAGUUGUCUAUAAUUCUGCCUGUAGUCCACAAGUUUGAGAGUUUAAGCUUGAAAGUAGAAAACCCAACAUACUCUGAUCUUGUUGAUCUGAUGUGUGCUGUUACAGGAGGAAAGACCCAAAGGGUUAAUGUGAUCCCUGAAUGGGACGGUCCUGCAGAUGAACAUUGUUCUGUCAGAUCAUUGCAACUGUCAGUCAUUAAUGAUGUGUCCAGUGUCCGCAUAGGUUUUUGUUAUAGCAAUGUGGUACGGUCACUUCGUCUCACUCUACCACGGUCAGAGGCUAUCGACUGGGCAAAGCUUUUUCAAACAUUUCACAACACAGAUUUGGAUGCCUUCACGUCUGCCAUCCAUUAUCUGCCUGAACUUAAAACGCUGGAACUGAAUAUUAACUUUUUGAAUAAGAGCUUGUCUCUUUGGACUCUCUCCAUCUGCCAGAAUGUCUCCAGUCUAACAGAACUCAAGAUUAAUGCCAAAUAUUUUUUACUGGAGGAGGGAAUUGAGAUCUUGCAACGGUCACACACAAGGCCAAACUGCACUUUGACAAUUAAAGGGUUAAGAUGCAACAAGCCAUCUCAAAAAUGCACACUGCGUAGAAGGUUUGGCCCUGAACUGAACUGCAACCAACAGGUGGUGAUUUCUGUGAAUUGUCAGGGUUUUACUGAGAGGACUUUGAGAAGUUUGGGAAGAUGGAGGGCCCCCGGCUCUCCCCCAACGCUGUGUAUGGAGUCAGGAGGGCCUUAAGAUUCUAGGCGUCUUUCUAGGAACAGAGAGGUACAUGGGAAAAAAUUGGGACGGCGUUUUUGAAAAAGUGACUGGACGCUUACGCAAAUGGGAGUGGAUUCUACCCAAACUUUCCUUCAGAGGAAGGGUUUUAGUGGUCAAUAAUCUGGCAGCUUCAAUGAUGUGGCACAGAGUGAAUGUACUUGACCCACCUAAGGAUCUGCUUGUUCGUUUACAGAAGGUGUUUGUAAAUUUUUUUUGGGAUGGGUUUCAUUGGGUCCCUCCGGCGACUCUUUAUUUGCCAGUGAAUGAGGGCGGUCAAGGGUUGAUUAAUUUGGUUGCUAAAGUUGAAGCCCUGAGACUAAAGGCUGUUCAGAAGCUACUGUACUCACCAGGGUUUACCCCGUGGGUGUCUCUGGGUCUUGCCCUUCUCAGAUCUUUUGGUGGGUUGGGGCUGGACAAGCAAUUAUUUUUAAUGUCUGAGUAUGGUAAGGUUUUUCCCUUCAAUAUUAAUUUUUAUGGCUCCAUUUUGGCUUCUUGGUCAGUGUUUAAUAUCCACAGACGUGACGAUUUGCACUUUGGUGUUAAUGAACCUCUGUUUUUUAACCCUCUUUUAAGUGGUUUCACAUGCAAGUCUAAGACUGUUGUCAGCAUCUUUUUGGAAAAAGGGGUAUCUACCAUAGCUGAUCUAAUCUGCCUUCCUUCCAAGUCAUGGAGGACAACUGAGUCUAUCUGUAGCCAAACAGGCUUUAAAUCUGUAAGGAUGGUGGAACAGAUCCUGGGUGAGCUGAAAACUGCUUUCCCAGCAACCCUUCUCUCUUUUUUAGAGAGUGUAUUGUUUAAAGGCUCAUAUAUGAUAGUUUUUUCCCAAUACUGACUGUGUCUCCAAAUGUUUCUCUGGAUGGUGAGCGGGAUACGAAACUGCUCACUUUUAAGUACUUGGAAGGAUUUGCUCUUAAUGAGGCUGGGAAGGAUAUACUCUAUCAGACUUGUGUCAAAGUCAGGUUUUCCCAAGGAAUCGUGAACAGAGAGGACUCAAAAUGGAGGGCCUUUUUGCAGGCUCCCUCCAAUUUUUUUGCCUUCUUGGAGACUUUUUUAUAAAGGCCCUCUGCCUAAGCGUUCUGGGGACUUACAGUGGAGGAUUUUACAUUGUAUCUUACCUACUAACACUCAUGUCUCGAAAUUUAAUUCAAAUGUUCUGCCUAAAUGCUUGUUCUGUGUUUCUCCUGAAACUGUUUUUCAUGUCUUCUCUGAAUGCACCAGAUUGCUACCGCUGUUUUCUGUUCUGGGAAAAAUUCUUAAUGAUUUGGGUUUUGUUUUUGACAUGAUGCACUUCAUUUUCGGUUGUAAAUACUCAAGGGCGCUUAUGAAGCAAUGUACUGUGGCAAACUUUUUAACGGGUCAAGGGAAGUUAGCAAUUUGGAAGUCUCGUAAGCUAGCAAAUGAGGGAACAAAUGUGAACCUUCUUCAGCUGUUUAUGGCUUUGGUGGAGUCCAGGGUUGUUGUGGAGAACAAGUUUUUUCAGUUGACAAAAAAUCUCCCAGAAUUUGAGUUUAAAUGGUGUGUAAAUGGGGCUUUAACAUCCCUUGGUGAGGAUGGAACACUAAUUUUUAACUGGUAGACUUUGAUUGGGUCAAUCAAUGUGUCAUGUACAUUUUAUUUGUUUUCCAGCUGUGAUUUAGUGUGAAUGGAUAUGUUUUUUCUAAUGAUUAAAUAAAGGGAGUUAAAAGUCUCUCUCUCUCUCUCUCUCUCUCUCUCUCUCUCUCUCUCUCUCUCUCU